CUCCUACUUUAUGUCUUCAUAAUUUCCCAAAAUCAUAUUCAUCUUCACAUUCAUCAUUCAUUCGCAUUAUUAAAUGACCUUCUGCGCAAAUCCUUGUUCAUUUUAAAAGCUUGCCCCCAACAAAGCCCCUACCUACGCUUAACUUGACCCCUUCCCCAAGUAAUUCCCAAGUCAGCCCAGCGCCCGCCCCAAAAUAAUUAACCCCUUUUGCCAGUGGGAACACAGACAAGCAACAACCAAAGGGAAAAGGAAAUCAGCCAAUUGCCGCCAACAACAACGCCAAACCGCAAUUAAGAGAAAAAGGCGAAAGGCGAAAGGCUCAAUCAAAAGAUCGGUGCAACAUUGACAACCUCUUGACCUACUACAACUUUUUUUUUUACGCCUUCUGCCCUUCUACUACCUUUCUACCUGGUACAUCAACAGCAUUCACUACAAUCGUUUAGAAUCUUUACUUUUCCAUCUUCUUCGCAAAUCAACUCGCCUUUUUAUUUCGUAUCGUACCUUCCCGUCAACAACUGAGGAGACAGGCCACUUGGUGCAUUUUAUCUACUCAAAUCUUAAUCCGCAUUAAAGACCACGCGAACCAAUACUGGUUGAGGAUUCACAGACGUUGAUAUCUGGUACGUGCUAUUAUUCGUAUUCCUGCAUGAAGAUGGGAACAUCACUCCACCGAAUCAAUUCUCGAUCUCCCAGAAUACCUUCAAAAUUAUAUUUCUGAAGCUACCCAUUGAUUUCAAUCUGGAGAGAAUUUCAACUACCUCGACUGUGACUAUCUUUUCUGUUCAUAUAGGCUAAUUUGUCUGUCUGUUGGUGCCGACAGGAUUUCGAACCUCCCACCUUCUUUCUUCACAAAAACAAUCACCUUCGAUCCUUCUACAUCAAUCAUAACAAUGGGUAAGCAAUUCAUUUCAUUUUGGAGGAAGUCAAUACUUGGGACGAGGAAAUGGAAUCAUCACAAUAUCAAAGACGGCAUCAACAAUUGGUGGAACCUCAAUUCUUCAAUUUCACACUGUGCCAUCCAUCAUCCCGACAAUUAUUCUCGACGCACGAUUGUUGCAACGACAAAGCUUCAAAUCUCGAGUCUGUUGGACUGGCACAUUUCGAAAUCCAUUCCAACAAGCUGCGAAGUCAUCAAAAAUCUGCCACAUGAUGUUACAUCAUCCUGAUCCGCCAGCCAUGAAGUCACAUACCAAUGGUCACUGGAAUCUUCUCAUCCCUAAGAAGUCUCCCGCUCUAUCUUCCGGUCAACAACCUGAAGAUAAGGAUUCGUGUGUCAUAAGAUCUGAGAGCAUUUCCAAAGGCCUCUCAGUACCUAAGCAAUCAUCGGAGAGUAUCGAGCAGCGUCAAUAUCCUGGAAGCUUGCAUCGUCAUCAGCGAGGAGCAGAACGCAUACGCGCUCAAUUUAGAAGCAUGCUGGAUGUUGAAGAAGCUCCAAGUUUGGAGCAAAUAUCUAUGGACCACCAUGAGUCUAUGGAGCUAUGGGUAUCGGAGAAGCUGCAGCAGGCUUCUAAGAAUUAUAGCACUACUUCGCACGACUGGGCUGACAUUUUACCUCUCUACACAGCUACCAAUGGUGCCCCAAUGGCGCCUACCCGAGCAUCUCCAAUCCCUAAUGGAGCUCCAUCGUCCCCACUAGAGAUUCCAAUGACCAUCAGCUCAACAGAUCCAAAGAUUGCAGCUCAACAAGCAAGCGAUAUGAAAAACAUUGUCCGAAGAAAGUUGACUGGAUAUGUUGGAUUUGCAAAUCUACCAAAUCAGUGGCACCGAAAGAGUGUCAGGAAGGGAUUCAACUUUAAUGUUAUGGUUGUUGGUAUGUGAAGCUUCUAAAUGUAUAUUCGGUCCAUGCUAACUUUCAAUAGGUGAAUCUGGACUCGGAAAGUCGACUUUGGUCAACACUCUUUUCAACACUUCCUUAUACCCACCAAGAGAACGUAAAGGACCUUCCCUCGAUAUUAUCCCAAAAACCGUUUCUAUUCAAUCUAUCAGCGCCGACAUCGAGGAGAAUGGUGUUCGUUUACGUUUGACUGUUGUUGAUACCCCCGGUUUUGGUGAUUUCGUUAACAAUGAUGAAUCUUGGCGACCAAUCGUUGAUAAUAUUGAACAACGCUUCGAUGCUUAUUUGGAUGCGGAGAACAAGGUCAAUCGAGUGAACAUUGUUGAUAACCGUGUUCAUGCUUGUGUUUACUUCAUUCAACCAACUGGUCAUGCAUUGAAGCCUUUGGACAUUGAGGUUAUGCGUAGACUUCAUACCAAGGUCAACUUGAUUCCAGUCAUUGCUAAGGCUGAUACAUUGACCGAUGAAGAAAUCACCGCUUUCAAGUUUAGAGUGAGGAUCCCCCUUGCAUAUUUUAAACCUUACGCUAACCAUGUUCUAGAUUCUUGCUGAUAUUAAGCACCAUGACAUCCAAAUCUUCGAGGGUCCACAUUACGAAAAGGACGAUGAGGAGACGAUUGCCGAGAAUAAGGAGAUUAUGGACAAAGUACCUUUCGCAGUUGUUGGUGCCAAUUCCGAAAUUACAAACAACGAGGGACGUAAAGUUCGAGGACGUAAAUACCCAUGGGGAGUCAUUGAAGUUGACAAUGAAGAGCAUUGUGAUUUUGUCAAGCUCAGACAAAUGCUCAUCCGAACUCACAUGGAGGAGCUCAAGGAACACACCAACAACGCUUUGUACGAAAACUACAGAUCGGAGAAGCUUACUGCUAUGGGUGUAACUCAGGAUCCAAAUGUUUUCAAGGAGGUCAACCCAGCUGUCAAGCAAGAAGAAGAGCGUCAAUUGCACGAGCAAAAGCUUGCCAAGAUGGAGGCCGAGAUGAAGAUGGUUUUCCAACAAAAGGUCGCCGAGAAGGAGAGCAAGUUGAAGCAGAGCGAAGAAGAGUUGUACGCACGACAUCGCGAGAUGAAGGAACAACUCGAGCGUCAACGUCAAGAACUGGAGGAGAAGAAAUCCAGAGUCGAGAGUGGAAGACCAAUAGAAAAGGAAGGCAAGAGGAAGGGUUUCUCACUCCGUUAAGGGGUGACUUCUUAAAAAUCAGGGCCUGCCUUUUUUAUGAUGGUACCAACACGACACAACCGAUACUUUACUUUUCAAUUCAUGUCUCUUUAAUCAUUGAUCCUUAAUAUUUGGCAGUGGAAGAAGCCAGCGAUGGGGUGGAGGGUGAUAUUCAGGCGCGGCAUGCUUCUGCGAGGCAAGGUCGUAAAUGCUAUAAUGGGGGUUUGUCUUGCAUUCAAAGAAUGAGUGGUAUUUCGAGGAGUUUUAUUUUGCACAUGAGAAUGAAAGAAAAGGGCGAGGAGAAGAAAUGCAACAAGACGAAAGACCAUGAUGCUUACAGAAAAGAUUGGCUUUUUACAAAGUUUUAUUUUCCCAUGGCUUUGACCAAAUAUUCACCUCCAAACUUUCUUCAAAUGGAUCAAUACUCUGUAUUUAUUAUGAUAGCUCGAGACACUUAGUUCAUUUUUCUCCUUUCUAAUUUUUUUUUCCUUUUGAUUUUCUUUUGAUUGUUUUGUGUGUGGUUUUCCCUUUUUUUUU